AUGUGUGUGUUUGUGCACUCGUCCGCUACACUGCUACACCACUCACCCGCUACACCGCUACACUGCUACACCACCCGCCCGCUACACCACUCACCCGCUACACUGCUACACCGCUACACCACUCGCCCGCUACACCGCUACACUGCUACACCGCUACACCACUCACCCGCUACACCACUACACCACUCACCCGCUACACCGCUACACCGCUACACCGCUACACUGCUACACCACUCACCCGCUACACCGCUACACCACUCGCCCGCUACACCGCUACACCACUCACCCGCUACACCGCUACACCACUCGCCCGCUACACUGCUACACCGCUACACCACUCGCCCGCUACACUGCUACACCGCUACACCACUCACCCGCUACACCGCUACACCACUUGCCCGCUACACCGCUACACUGCUACACCACUCACCCGCUACACCGCUACACCACCCGCCCGCUACACUGCUACACCACUCACCCGCUACACCGCUACACCACUCGCCCGCUACACCGCUACACUGCUACACCACUCACCCGCUACACCGCUACACCACUCGCCUGCUACACCGCUACACCACUCGCCCGCUACACCGCUACACUGCUACACCACUCACCCGCUACACCGCUACACCACUCGCCCGCUACACCGCUACACCACUCACCCGCUACACCGCUACACCACUCGCCCGCUACACUGCUACACCGCUACACCACUCGCCCGCUACACUGCUACACCGCUACACCACUCACCCGCUACACCGCUACACCACUUGCCCGCUACACCGCUACACCGCUACACUGCUACACCACUCACCCGCUACACCGCUACACCACCCGCCCGCUACACUGCUACACCACUCACCCGCUACACCGCUACACCACUCGCCCGCUACACCGCUACACUGCUACACCACUCACCCGCUACACCGCUACACCACUCGCCUGCUACACCGCUACACCACUCGCCUGCUACACCGCUACACCACUCGCCCGCUACAUCACUACACUGCUACACCACUCACCCGCUACACCGCUACACCACUCGCCCGCUACACCGCUACACCGCUACACUACUCACCCGCUACACCGCUACACCACUCGCCCGCUACACUGCUACACCGCUACACCACUCACCCGCUACACCGCUACACCACCCGCCCGCUACACCACUCACCCGCUACACCGCUACACCACUCACCCGCUACACUGCUACACCGCUACACCGCUACACCACUCACCCGCUACACCGCUACACCACCCGCCCGCUACACCGCUACACCACCCGCCCGCUAG